AUGCGUGGCACAACUUUAAAAGUAACGUAUCGCAACGUCCAUUCGGCAAGUAGGUAUACGUGGGCCGUGAGGCGAUCGGGCGGCGGGCCGGGUGCGGGCGGCGGCGGUAACGGCCGAGCGUGGCGGUUAUGUAACGGCAGCGCGACUCCUCCAGCGGGCAACGCGAGCUCGCGACGGGAGAAGCCCUGGACGUUCAGCGAGGCGGGCAGCAGCUCUCAGGCCGACGCCGGUGAUGAGCUCUCGCCGCACGCCCCACACGCCGCCAUGGAGCGCUGGCAGACCACGCUCGAGGACAUGAUGCAUCUGCGCUCGCCCGGCAACCAGACCUUCAAGGACAACUACUGGGCACAGAAUGGGUUCGACGAGCUGCGUCGCUAUGUAAAGCAAGGCAGCGACUUCAGCAAAGAGCUCGCCUCCAUCCUACAAGAAAGGGUAGAAGCGGAAAAUUAUUAUUCGAAAUGCUUGGCCAAGCUCGGCACCAAACUGAGCAAGGCGUGCAAGGAGAGCGUCGGCUCGUGCGCCGACGCGUGGAAGCAUGUUGCCUUAGAGAUGGAGAAACGUUCAGAAAUUCACAGAAAUUAUUCCAGUGCUCUAUCAGAGGACCUCGUAAAACCAAUGAAAAAUGUCAUAGAUGGCCAGCUUAAACUCAGGAAAAAGAUCGAGGGGAACGUGGACAAGACGACGCGGUCGCUGGCGGAGUGGCGCUCGGCCGAGGCUAAGUCCAAGCGUCAGUCGCACGCCGCAGCGCGCGACAACGAGAAACUGCAGGACGCCGCGCUCGACACUAGCCGCAUGGCGCGCAGCUCGAGCGCGGGGCACAUCCCGCAGGCGAUGCUGUCGGCAGCGCGCGCCGAGCGCACGGGCGGCGCCGGCAACGACCGCGACCACGCGAAGCUGCAGCUCAAGCGGCGCAAGACCGAGGACGCCGUCAAGAAGGCCGAGGUCGACUAUUACAACGUGUGCGUGCAGGCGGAGCGCGCCAGGCUGGAGUGGGAGACGAGUGUGAUGAAGGGCGCGGGCAUGCUGGAGUCGCUGGAGGAGGAGCGCCUGGCGCAACUGAAGAGCUCGGCGGACUGCUAUCUGCGCCUCACCGCCGCCGUGCCGCCGCAGCUCACCGAGGCGACCAACGCGCUGGCGGAGCCCAUUGCGAACGCGAACGCGAACGUGGAUAUGCGGGUCGUGCGCUGCGUGCGCGGCACGCCCACAGGCGCUAGCGACCAGCUGCUGCCCGACUUCUACUGCGAGCACACCACUCUCGCCAUGAACAAGGAGAGGCGAAAGCAGGCGUUAUUGAAGAUCCUACAGCUGGUGAAGCAAGACAUCGAGCGCGAGCGCAAGUCUAAGCAGGGCCUGGAGAAGCUCUCCUUGGUGAUGAAGCAGACACCCACCUUCGGCAGCGACGACUCACAGCAAAAUGUUGCCGACAAAUUGUACCAUAUGAAAUCGAUGCUGAUGUACCUCGAGGCGGUGCGCUACAAGACGGCGGCGAGCCUGAGCGCGCUGGACACGCGGCCGCCCGCGCCCCACCCGCUCGCCGCGCAUAUCCGCGUGCUGCGCGACAAGCAGGGUCUGCAACAGAGCAUACUCAAGGUACCGCCGUGGCUUCAAGCGGAUUAUCAGAACGAGCUCAACAAAAACCUCCAACCAAAUUAUACCGCGUUAUCCAAAAGCGUCAACGGUGAAGACCGCGAGAGGAGGGACUCCAUAAUGAGUAGAGCGUCCAGUAAGCUGAGGAUAGAGCACCUCUCGUUCCGGCGGCACACGGAGCACAAGAGCGCGCCACCCACGCCGUGUACAGAGCCCCCGGCGGUCACGCCUCCGUCCCUGCAGCCGCCGCCCCUCGAGAGCCCGCUCGACUGGAGCGAGCGGGGCAUCGGCGACGGACUCUCCAACCAACAGGAUAGCGACUUUGACGAGUUCUCGUCGCAGAGCGACUGCUCGACGGAGACGCGUGAGGAGAAGCAGACGGCGGGGGCGGGUGGGGUUUCGGGGGCCGGGACGCCGCUUCAUGGCUGUUUGGGCAAGUGCCGCGCGCUCUACGCGUACGAGGCGCGUCUCGACGACGAGCUUACUCUCGCGCCCGGUGAUAUUAUCAACAUCUACGAGAAGCAAGACGAUGUGUGGUGGAGCGGCGACCUCAACGGAGCUUUCGGCAUCUUCCCAUCUUCCUACGUGGAGGAGAUCACAUCUUGCAUA